GUGCCCCAACCAGUCCCUCGUUAAUUGUUGGUUGUUUAUAUUCGUCAUUUAAUUUUUGCCCAUCAUGAAGCUCAGCCUUUGCUCUCUCCUGCUCUCGGCGGUGUCAAGCUCGGUGCUUGCCCUGCCCAUAAACGAGACAUUUGUGUACGAUGCCAUCAUCGUCGGAGGAGGGCCGGCAGGACUCUCGGUCGCCAGCGCCCUGGGUCGUGUGCGCCGCAACGCCCUCGUCAUCGACUCUGGAGAGUACCGCAACGCGCCUACGAGGCACAUGCACGAUGUCCUCGGCUUUGAUGGCGUCACCCCGGCGUGGUACCGUUACUCGGCCCGGAAGCAGAUCUCGGCCUACAACACCGUCACUUUCACCAACGGAACCGUGACCAAGAUUGAUGGCGACGACCAGCAACACUUUACCGUCACUAGCACCGGCUUCGACAAAGCAGUCAUCACUGUCCGCGCACGCAAGAUCGUUCUUGCAACUGGUCUGAAAGACGAUCUGCCCACCACUCCUGGCAUCUGGGAGAACUGGGGCAAGGGCUUGUACUGGUGCCCCUGGUGCGACGGCCACGAACACGCAGACCAGCCUCUCGGCAUCCUGUGCAAGGAGUUCUCCGACAUACCCUCGAGCGCACGUGAGAUCCUGACGCUCAACACGGACCUGAUCGGCUUCGCCAACGGCACCGACACGCCCGAAAAUCGCGCCAAGACCGAGGCCAAGAACCCCAAGUUCCAGACGUACCUGGACCUGCACAAGGUGCGGAUCGAGAACCGGACCAUCGCGCGCAUCACGCGGCUCAAGGACGGCGGCGAGCCGGCCCACGACCCGUCGCUCCCCACGGCGCCCGAGAACGACCUGUUCUCGGUCGAGUUCACCCAGGGCGACCCCGUCCAGCGCGCCGGGUUCCUGCUGUCGUACCCCGAGGAGCAGCGCAGCACCAUCGGCCAGCAGGCGGGCGUGCAGCUGUGGGGCAGCAAGCUGGCCGUCGACGCGUCCAAGGGCUACCUGACCAACGUUCCCGGCAUCUACGCCGUCGGCGACGCCAACUCGGACAACAGCACAAACGUGCCGCACGCGCUCUACUCGGGCAAGCGCGCCGCCGUCUUCUUGCACGUCAAGCUGGCCAAGGAGGACCAGGCCAAGGAGACGGGCGUCGACGUCAGCCUGCUCAAGAGGGACUUGGAGCUCGAGACCCGGUCGCUCUGGGACCACGUCAACGGCCAGCCUGGUGAGAUUCUGUAUGCCGGCAAAUACGACCAGUAAACUUUGGGCAACAUGAGGAAGAAUAUGGACUAGACUAGAACUAAAAAGGG